CUUCCUCGCUCCCACCCUUCUGUCCACCCCUUCCAUCCACUAAUUCUUGAUAAAAGAAACAAACAACAAUGGCACAUAGGUCAGGUGCAGAUCUGGACGAGCUAUUCGAAGGCAUCGAAGAUGCCUCAACAUCACGACCCCCGCCAUCUGCUCAAGAUGAGCAGGACCUCCUCGCGGGCCUUGAGUCACUUGCCGCUGGCCAUAAAACCUCUUCCCGUCCGCACACGCCUCGGGUUUCCACUCCUAGCGUGAGGUCCCGUACACCGAUGGGUCGCAAUAGCGGGGAGGGGUACAGCGGGUAUGGAAUUCCUCCGAUUGGGAGGGAUAGUGGAGACGUUAGGCGGGGAGGAGAUAAUACUCCCACACUUAGAGAGAAGGGGUCAGCGGUCACCCCGGUAAAUGCUGCCGAGCCGCCGGCUAGUGUUUCUUCCAUGUCGAGUACGGGCAUAACUACUGGUGGAGGAGGCGGGGGGUGGGGGUGGGGAAGUAUUUGGGAGACGGCGGCGAGCACUGCUACCGCCGCGGUCAAGACUGCAGAAGGGGUCGUGAAGGAGCUGCAGCAGAGCGAGGAGGGGAAAAAGUGGGCGCAGCAGGUUAAGGAGAAUGCUGGUGCUCUGCGUGGACUCGCUGGAGACGUGAAAUCUAGAGCCCUCCCAACAUUUACCACUUUGCUACAUACACUUGCCCCACCAAUUUCUUCCCACGAACAGCUAUGUAUUCACAUUACGCAUGAUCUCGAGAACUACCCGUUUGUCGACACGGUCGUUUACGGAGUUUUCGACCGGGUGAUGCAGCAGGUGGAAGGCGGUGACCUUCUCGUUGUGCAGCGCGGCGGGGGGUCAAAGCCACGCUCGUCGCUAGAUGGUGCUUUCGGCGGACCCUGGUAUAAAGGGAUGGAAAGGCGAGACCUGCAUGCCACAGUCGGCUUACAGGAAGGAAUCAAACUUGCGAGCGUUGCAGCAGAAUCCUAUGCACAAGAGUUCUUGCAAACAUCGGAUGCAUUCACGGGUCCCGCAAGCAAGGACAACCCCACUAGAAAGUCAAAUAUAUUUCUCGCCAUCCAGCCGACAAUCCAUUCCCAGCAGCCCUCUCCAUUAGCACCAAGGGGGGAAGACUCAGAAGAACAGGAAGAUCAAGCAGUCGUCUUUGCAAUCCACCUCUUCGACCCUACUCACGGCAUUUCCUACUCAACCGUAUCCCAAGCCCUCCCCACCCAAUGGCUAGAAUGGCUUGAUGCCCCUCCCCCAGCAGAUGCCGCGCCGGGCGAGUGGGCCGUGCCAGACGUUAUCAGGAACAUAAUAGACAUUGGUGGUAUCGAUCCGCGAGAAUGGAUUGUGGAGUGGGUAGAAGAAGCGGUGGGACUCGCGGUGGGCGUUGUGGCACAGAGGUACGUUGCCAAGCGAAUGCGAAUCGGAGAUUCAGGCAGUCAUGACGGGUUGAAGGGUAAGGAGGUCAGUUCUGGAGGGGAGGAGGCGAGGGCGGUGGCAUUGUAGUCAUUGGCCUGUCAGUAUUAUAAUUGUUAUCCGGUCUUUCUUUGGGGGGUUUUUUGUCUUCUCUACAUUUGCUUUUAAAGUGUGUUCUUUGGAUUAGUUUGUCAUAUGAAUUAUGUCUUUU